GUAUUUAUGUACUUUUAUUUAAGAAAUUUAAAGUAUGUCCACAUGUUCACAUCUUCAACACUCAUUCGAUGUUUAUGGCAAAACAAUCUACUCUAUCCAAACAUGCAAGAAAUGCUUGUUAACUGCAUAUCAGAGAAAGUCGUCUCAAAAAGAUGAAUUUUUGGAUACUUUGAUGAGCACCAUGAAACAUGCAAAAGUAGAAAAAGAACUACCUUAUAUUAAAAUGCAAGCACAAACUCCUCUUGUUGAAACAAUAAGUCAUUUCCCAAGUCCUGGUGGUGAAGCAACAUAUGAUGUUUAUCAACCGCAUUUGCCAUUAGUCAAUCAGGAAGAAGAAAUACGACCAAAAGAAGUUUCCAAAUUUGUUGAAAAACUUACGCUGGAGGAUAAAGAGCUGGUUGAAAGGUGUAAAUCACCUUGGGAAUUAGAUAGGGAAGAAGAAGAACUGUAUGAUGAUUAUGCACCAACUUCUUCAAUAUCACCAGCUGAGAAAAAGAUCAGUGAUGCAAAGAUUAUUGAUAAUCUGAAAAAUGAUGAGGAAAAAUUACAUCGUGUCACCAUGGAACAAUUUUAUAAAACAACAACGCAGAGGUUAUAUGAAGGUGUUAACUGGAAGAAUAUUCUUUCUCCAUCAAGAACUCCGCCCCUGCCACCUUCUCGUCAUGACACACGAGAUCUUUAUGGGCAGCGCAGAAAGUAUAAUAGAAAAACAGAAUCUUUUCAGCGUUGCAAUCAACAGUGGGACAUCUGUCAAUCUAGAGAUGGCUAUUUUGUCAAGCGACCAAUUGCAUUUUGCAGCAUUGCGAAAAAAUCUAAUCAGAUCCCGAAUUACCAGGGAAGCAUUAGUGGAAUGGGUGAGAAAGAUAUAGAGAAUGAAGUAUUUACACCUGCCACUGUAGUGAGGACACAGUUGCCGAAAUAUCAAGAAACAUCGAGAAAACCAUAUAUACCUGGUUACACUGGAUGUGUUGCAUGGGCUAUGUCACGUGAUGUCCUUAGUCGAGAGAAGCAACCUCGUGCGGAGUCAACUGCUCGAACACACUCACGAUUUUCCACAUAUCCUGAAAACACUUCUGCUCAUUCACAUCGGUCACCACUGGCGAAAACUGUCACGCUUACCAACCCGUAUGUACCCUUUAACACCAUGACACACUCACUUAACAGAACAGCAAGUGGAAAUAGGGUAUACUGAUCACGUUAAGGAGUACACGUAAGAUGUGGAGAAGAUUGAAGAGAAGAGCUUACAAUGUAAGCUGUUUCAUAAAAAAACACAGGAUCUUAUCUUGACAGUGUUUUGUCACUUCAGUGCAUCCGAAUCUUCUUCCUAUCCUUUCUUUUUUCUUCGAUUUUUAAUUUUAUUUGAUUUUGAUUUUUAUAUUGAUAUUUUUGAUUUACUAUUUUUUUUAAAAAGCUAAUUUAUUUUGUACAUAUGUGUGAUAAAAUUAGUAGAGAAAAUACCUACGUUUGUAUAACUACUUUUAUUUAUUUAUUUAGUUGUUUAUGUUUUUAUUUGU